ACCAACUAGCCCAAAUCUUGAGCAACUUCAAGUUUUCAUAAUUUUUAUUAUACUUUAAGUCUUAAACCAUACAAUAAAUAAAUUCUUAUAGUUGUGCAAUUGAGAUAUGACUAUGUUACCAAACAAACGCCUUCUUUUGAUUGCAUUUUUGGUGUUUUGCUUCAUCUCCACAGCUAGAGCUAGAAACUUGAGAGAGACUAAAGAUGGAGCUGAAAAGAGUCAAAGUGGUUUGUUUAAGCCAAACCAUGAAGAAACAAAAACACAAGAAAACAAUGGUGAUUUGGUGGAUACAAUGGACUACACACCUGCAAAAAAGAAUCCACCUAUCCAUAAUUAAAGUCCCUAAGUUUUUUUCUUUCAUUAGAACAAAUUUUGUUAGAAAAAGCACAAAUCUACAGUUCUCAAUUACCCUGCAAUUUACAUCUAUUAGCUUCAAUGUAUAGAAAUAUAUUAAAAUUUGAAGCUAGGAAAAUCCACACUUAAAUCUUAUAUUUUUGUGGAGGAGAAAGCACUAUAGUGCUUCUUAAUCAUAUAUUUACAACUCAUCACUUGUAAAUAGUUUUUGAAGUUAUGAGAAUGUGAGGGAAACAUAUAUACAUAUAGGAUUUGUCAUCAAAGUUUUAAGUUUAAAGCAGCACUAGAAGCUGAAAAUUGUUUAGUCGCAAAAAAGAAAUAUAUCUAUGCUUAAUAUACUUACCUUAUCCUUAUGCAAACUUAUGUUUCUUUGUGGAGAAAAUAAAUCAAGAUGAGACUUUUGAUGUUUGAUCAUUA